GUUCAUUUGAGUUUUUAGGAUUACUUUUUUUACAGAUACAUACAUUCCAUACAGGUCUACAAUGAAGUUACUAAUACCGAUUGUCGCUGUUUUGGUGGCGAUAUUAGUUCAAGAAGUAGCUCCAGAAGGACAUGCACUCUUCAUUAGAAACGAAGUUUUACGAAAAGGAAAAAGCAGAGUAACUAGGCAAACGAAUGCAGAUCAGAUGGUUCAGAACAUCCUGCAAUGGCUCCAGGGCAUCUACACGCAGAACAGUCGAAGGAUUCGUCAGGGUACUUUAAGAGAGUACUUACCGCCAAGCAACACACAAAAACCAAGACCAUUUGAACCUGUGAGCACUGUUGAUGGUGAAGGAUAUCCUCCUUCCGGAUUCACUCCUCAACCACCAUUCCCGUAUCCAACCGUGCCUGGUCUAGAUGGCUAUCCACAGACAAAUGACAUCACCUCCGGAUUUCCAACCGGAGCACCAUCCACAGAAUAUCCAAGUGGUGGACCAUCUACUCAACCCGCAAUAACCGGUUAUCCAAGUGGAGGACCUUCCACAGAACCUAUUCCAACAGGCUACCCAAGCGGGCCGUCCUCCCAACCAGCUUCAACAGGAUAUCCUGAAGGACCAUCAGCCGCGAUAACUACCGAACCUCCAUACCAACCAUCCACCGGUUUUCCAACGAGUGAAAGACCAGGAUUCCCAACAGCUCCUCCACCGGGUUACACCUUUCCACAACCUGGAUCAACUGAACAACCCGAAACUACCGGUUAUACUUACACUACUGGCAGACCUGGCUUCCCCACAGCUCCACCACCGGGCUUCCCCACUGAACAACCUGGUUACACAACCGGCAGUCCAGGAUUCCCAACUGGUCCACCACCAGGCUUCACUACAUCUCAACCUGGAUACACCACUGGCCCAUCCGCGGAAUACACAACACUUGCACCACAAGGUUUCACCAGUUCUAGUCCUCAACCAGCUGAAGGGUCCACAGAAGCUCCAACAACGUCACCGGCUCCAUUCACCACAAUCCCGUCUCACUCCACAGAAGCACCAGGUUUCUCUACUUCUCCUCCUCUUGAAGAAACCACAGGCGUUCCACAAGGACCAGAAUCGACUCCAGCUUUUCCGACACACGCUCCAGUUGAAGACCUCUCAACCAGUUCUCCAGUGGGACCUACUGAAGGACCCGAAUUUCCAUCUGGCCCCAGUGAAGGUCCUUCCGAUACAUUUGGACCAUCAACCCACCUACCAAUUACUCCAGCUCCUGAAGGUGUUACACCAGGUACCACUCAUGAAGAAUUCACAGCUCCAGCUGAAACAAGCCCGGCUGGUCCAACUGCAGCUGUUACCACUGAAUCGCCUGAAGUAAACACCAUUCCCACUGGCAAGACACCAGAAAACGGUGACAGCACCUCUAGUGGAAGUGAACCUGAUGACGAUUUAAAUCAUCCCCCACACAUUCACGACAUUCAAGUCGACUGUGGAAAGGAAAUGAUGACCAUUACUAUUGAGUUUAACAGGCAGUUUGAUGGAGUAAUUUAUUCCAAAGGCUAUUACAGUAAUCCAGAUUGCCGGUAUGUAAAAGAAAACUCCGGUCAAACCAAAUAUACGUUUACAGUAAGCUUAAACACUUGUGGAACAGAAUUUGUAAAUGCUUUCGAUACAGAAGGCAAAUCGUAUUUGCAAAACGUCUUGGUAAUUCAAAACGAAGCCGGAAUUCAAGAGGUAUGGGAUGUUAUCAGAUCAGUGCGUUGUUUAUGGGAGGGAAGUUUGAAGGAUACCCUCAGCGUAGCUCUUAGUGUUGGCAUGUUAACCCAAGAAAUCGUUACUUUUAGCGGCGAUACUGCCAUGGCUAAGUUAGACAUUCAAUUGGGCAAAGGUCCAUUUGCUCCUCCCGCCGAUGGUCUUGUUAAGAUCGGAGAAACUAUGACAUUAGUAGUGUCUGUUAGCGGAGAUCCAGGUUUCGAUCUUCAAGUGAAAGACUGCAGAGCCACUGAUUCCACCAACGAGAACGUUGUACCUCUUACUGACGACAAUGGUUGUGUCCUCAAACCCAAACUGUUCGGAGCUUUCCAGAAGACCAGGAAUACCGGUGAUACCGGAGCAUCAAUCAUUGCUUAUGCAUUCUUCAGUGCAUUCAAAUUCCCAGACGUGAUGGACUUGAUGAUCGAAUGUAACAUUGAACUGUGCAAAACCGAUUGCGAAGUUUGCCUAGACCCCGACCAAAAGAUCGAUCCAGGUAGACGUAGAAGACGUGAUUUGUCUGCUUUUAAUGCUACACUUGGUGACGGAGUACUUAUGGGAAAACGUUUGAGGGUAAUUUUACCUGAAGAUCUAAGCGACGCUCAAGCCAUUCUUAAUCUGAAUCAAAAUGAUGGCGUUUGUAUGUCUACACAAAACUUUGUAUUUUCUUCCGCCCUUCUGAUCUCUCUUUUAGUUACUAGUAGUUUCUUUAGUGCCUAUUUGUGGCUGAAAAAUCAACGUCUGUCGUUGAAACACUAGUUAUAAUACAGUUUUUAGGUUUUAAUUUGAAACAAAUCCUGCCAAUGUAGUUCCGUACUUUCUUUUUAAGUUAUUUUAUUUCAUACAAUCCAGUAUUCUUUUAACUUUUGUAUGUAUAUUACUUAUAUAUUUAUGUAAAUAAAUUCUAGAUAAGUUUUUUA